UGACAGCUGUCAGUUCAGGUGUUAGGUUAGAAUCACUCUGUGAAGGCUUUUCAAAAUAUCAUUAUGUAUUAAUAUUGUCGUGAAUGAAAACAAUCGAAUAAAUGUGAAAAUGGGCAAUUAUAUGUCGAACAACACACUCUACCUAUCAGCUAAACGGUUGGUCAGCAAGUAUAACAUAGAAAGUCGGGUUUCUAAGGAACUUGACAAACAAGCUAAAAAACCAGUGAUAGCACCAAAACAUGAAGCAGGAAUCAUUGAUUAUCACAAAUCGCUACAAGAAAACAAAGAUUAUUUGGAUAAAACAACAGUUGUCGACCCAAAACUUGAUCUUCAUCUAAAAGAUGUGUAUGUUACUUCAAAAGGAUUGACGGAGAAUAUCAAAUCAGAUAAGCCAUUGCCUCUAUCACGAUUCAGUGAACGCUUUGAAUUAGGCUAUAAAGAAUCAGAACGAGUUCCACCCGGCCGUGUGUCAUUAUUGCAAGCCAUUAAUUUCAUAACAAAGCAUCAACAAGACCCCAAAGAAUGGACGGUCGAAAGAAUAGCAGAAGAGAAUAAAAUUAAACCCGAUGUUGCAAGUGACAUUUUAGAGUAUUUUAGAUCGUUUGAAGUGCAUAUGUCCAAGAACAUUACACCAAAAGAGCAAAAAAUGCUGCAAGACAAUUUAAAAUUACUUGGCGGCGGCAAGAGCUCAACGGAAUGAGUGAUACUGAAGAACAUUGACAGAUUGUUAUAAGAUCCAAAACCGAAUCAGAUUUAGAUUUACAUAGAACACUGUGUAUUGUAUAUUUACAAAAAAAAAAACUUGAAAUAAUAAAAAAACGAAUUCUAAAUAUA